GUUUUAGAAUAUUGUAGAAAAUCACAUUAGGCCACAAAAAAUCAGAAAUAUCUUAAAGUGUAAAAAGACAACACAAAUUUCUUAUCCAAAAUCUGCCACCACAUUGGCUUCCAGUUCCCUCCUCCAUCCAAUUGUAUACAUUCACGAUCAUAUAUCUAUAUCUUCCAUUUCUCUUAGCUCUCUCCAUCGCCAUGGCUGCUGCAGUAAGCGUCGCUGUCUCCCUUCCAUCUUCCAAAUCCACUCUAAUCUCAACUAGACCAUCCCUCCUCUCUCAGGAUCGUGUCUCCUUCACCAAGGUGCCAUAUUACAAAAAUGUGUCAACAAACGGUAAACCACUAUCAAUUAGAGCCCAAAUCACAACAGAGGCUGAAGCUGCAGCACCUGCUAAAGUAGAGAAAGUUUCAAAGAAACAAGAAGAAGGUGUAGUUACAAACAAAUACAAACCAAAGGAACCAUACAUCGGUAGGUGCCUUCUCAACACCAAGAUCACCGGUGAUGACGCCCCUGGUGAAACUUGGCACAUGGUUUUCAGCACAGAGGGUGAGAUCCCAUAUAGAGAAGGGCAAUCUAUUGGCGUAAUUCCAGACGGGAUUGACCCCAAGAACGGAAAACCACACAAACUGAGAUUGUAUUCCAUUGCUAGCAGUGCUCUUGGUGACUUUGGAGACUCUAAAACCGUAUCUCUAUGUGUGAAAAGACUUGUCUACACGAAUGACAAAGGCGAAGAAGUCAAAGGAGUUUGCUCUAACUUCUUGUGUGACUUAAAGCCUGGAGCCGAGGUGCAAAUAACUGGUCCGGUAGGAAAAGAAAUGCUCAUGCCAAAGGAUCCUAACGCUACUGUCAUAAUGCUUGCAACAGGAACUGGGAUUGCUCCAUUCCGCUCAUUUAUGUGGAAAAUGUUCUUUGAGAAGCAUGAAGACUAUCAGUUCAAUGGGUUGGCAUGGCUCUUUUUAGGUGUUCCCACAAGUAGUUCCUUGUUAUAUAAAGAGGAAUUUGAGAAGAUGAAGGAGAUGAAACCAGAUAACUUAAGAGUUGACUUUGCGGUGAGCCGAGAACAAACCAACGAGAAGGGUGAAAAGAUGUACAUUCAAACCAGAAUGGCUCAAUACGACAGGGAAUUAUGGGAGUUACUCAAGAAAGACAACACCUUCGUGUAUAUGUGCGGGCUUAAGGGUAUGGAGAAGGGUAUUGAUGACAUUAUGACCACAUUGGCUGCUGAAGAUGGCAUUGAGUGGGCAACAUACAAGAAGCAGUUGAAGAAAGAAGGGCAAUGGAAUGUGGAGGUUUACUAAAUGGCGUUUUUCGCUUCUUGUACAAAUGCAGCCCUCUCUUUGUAGAUAGGAUAAAAAGACAUGUUUCGCACACGCAUUUAAAGGGAUGUGGAGUAGAUAAUGAGGAGGCUAUGUGAGAGCGCUUCACCAAUUAGACGAAUGUAAUAAUGGUAUGUUGGUAAUAUAUGUCAUUGCUUUUGCUUUCAUGUAUCGAUGGGUUCUUGUACGACGCAGUUUGACAUUGGUAUGUACUCGUUUUUGGUGGUUAUGAUGGAUCUCUAUUCUCUAUGUUCCUAAAACCUGGCUGUUAAAGGUUGGUAGUUAAUCAACAUCAUAUAUAUGAAUAGUGUAUUGAAACAA